AUGGCGGAGGAAGGCGAAGAGGAGUCGGAAGACGACUAUGUGACGGUGAGCGUGCGAUCUCUGGGGGGAGCUAUCACUUGCUUCCGUGUGCCGCGUGCCACCACCGCGCGGGCGUUGAAGAUACGUCUGGCACGGAGUUGCGGGUCUCCGCCCUAUGCGCAACGGCUGCUUCAAUGUCAAGGGGAGAGGAUUCUCGAAGACGACGCCUCCGUGGAGUCGGUUGUGACGAAUACGUCUACGUUGGAAUUGUUGCUUGUUUGCACACCGUGCGAACUUGAAGCUGGAACACACUUAAUCGACAGCGCCAGGUUCGGGAAUUUGCCAAGCCUUCGAGAAGCAUUACGCCGGCCAGCACCCCCAGACUUCGCCAGGUCCAGUGAUGGUCUCACGGCUCUUCUGGCAGCAUCGUUUCAUGGCCACCUCGACAUGGUUGUUGAACUGCUUGCAGCUGGUGCUUCAAAGGAGAAGCCCAUGAAGAAUGGGGCAACACCGCUGCACUUGGCUUCACAGAGUGGCCAUCUGGCAGUCGUGAGGUGCCUUCUGACCGCUCGAGCUGAACCCAACGCUGAGGCGGAGGAUGGGCGGCGGCCCCUGCACAUCGCUUGCCAGAAGAAUCACGUGGAGGUUAUCCGGGCCUUGUGCGAUGGCGAUGCCGAUCCCAAUGCGCCUGGCCCACAUGCCAUGUCUCCGGCCUUCCCUGCGUGCCAGCGAGGCUAUCUUGAUGCAUUGAAGGCUUUGUGCGAGGCCGGCGCGAACGCAGAGGCCAUGGACAAGAGCGGCACCAGGCUGAUUGAUGUUGCCAUUCAAGAAGGGUACCUGCCGCUCGUGCAAAGACUCCAUGCCGCUGGAGCCAGCAUCGCCGAACCCAACCGCAACGGCAGGACGCCGCUUCACGUAGCCGCCUACUGUGGCGACUUGCUCAUUGUUCGGUGGCUGGCUCAAGAAGGAGUGCUGAUCGACAGCAGGGAUCGCCAAAGUUACACUCCUCUACACUUGGCAGCGCGAUUCGGAUACGAGGUUGUCGCACGCGAGCUCUUCGAGCUGCGCGCCGACCUAGAGGCUACAAGUAGCAGCGGCAGUCGGCCGCUGCAUAUGGCUGCCCUCUUUGACCAAGAGGAAGUGGCGCGAUUCCUGUGCGAGCAGCACGUCGACAUGAAUGUCCUCGCCUACCCGGGGCUCUCGCCAUUGCACUUGGCCGCCGCCAGAGGAAACCUAGAAGUGGUGAAAGUUUUGUGCGACUUCGGCGCCAACCUGGCCAGACGGGACAUCUUCGGUGCGAUGCCGGUCAGCACGGCAGUCCGCUAUGGCCGCGAUGCGAUUGUGCAGUGCAUGCUCGACGCAGCGGGCUGCGAAGACUGUGAGUCUACCCCAGGCCAUGUGGAGUUUGCUCCCUUCUCCUUGCAAGAGUGA